UUUGAUAGCCAAUCAAUAUAUUUAAAAUCUUUGUCGUACGACAAAUGUAAUACUAGCUUAACGCGUUGUACAUAACGCAUUGCCGCGUCCUGUCUGCGAGCAGCCCUCUGAUCUGAGAUUUUUGGACUACAAAGAUAAAUAGUAGAUUUCGCGCAUGCGUUUACAACUUUACAUCAAAGCUUGUUUCCCGCCAAACAUUACUUACAAAGAUCAGCUAAGUGAUACUUAUGUCUUUUCAUUGACAAACGACAUUUGCAGGAAAGAUAUGGACGAUUCACAAUCAUCCUUGUCUAGCAGAACUAAACGUCAAAAAACCGAUAAGACCUCCAGAUUUGCAGCUUUGGAAAAAUUGAAGGAAGCUCGAAGUAGUGGUAAACGCAAGUAUGAGGUUGAGGAGCUAAAAAACAUAUAUGAUCAAGUGGAUGAGAAGGAGUACAGUAAUACUGUACUUAAACGUCAACGUGAUGAUUGGAUAGUUGAUGAUGGAGAAAGUGGAUAUAUUGAAGAUGGAAGGGAAAUUUUUGAUGAUGAUUUGGAUGAGGAAAGCAUUUUUGAAGCAAGAAAACAGAGAAAUAAUAUGGCUGGCCCCAGAAAAAAAAGGAAAGAAGAAAGUAAAAAGAAAGGAGAUAUUCAAAGUAUGAUUAGAAACAUGCCAUCUAAGAAAAUCAAUUCAGCAGCAGUUAAAGAUGAUGAUAUUUUGGGAGAGUUGCUCAGUGAGAUAGGUUGCACCAGCAAGAACAUAGAGAAUAAACUUUCAUCAUCAGCAAACAAUGUAAAGACACAAACAAACAGCACUAAAACAGAUAUACAAAACACUACAUACAAAAUAAGUGAAUGUGAAAACAUUGCAAGUAAGACUAGUGUAGAUGAAACCACCGCAUGUGAAACUUUCUUUAAAGACACAGAAAAUAACGGUAUAAUGGAUUUGAUGGAAGUACCUUCAGAAUUAAUGGAAGAAGAUAAUUUUUCUUUGUCACCAAACGACAUAAAAUCUGAGAAUAAUGGGAAAAAUGUAGAAAACUCUGAAUGUAAAACUCUAUCAAAAGAUAUAAAAGUAAAUAAUGAUGUUGAUUUAACAGAAGUAGUGCCGCAGCAAUUAAUUAAGACAAAUGAAGUUUCAUCGCCAGCAAGUAGUAAACUUCAGAGUCGUAAAACAGAUGUGCAGAAUGCUUUGUGCAAAACUUCUGUUAAAGAUAUUAAAGUUGGUAAUGCCAUUGAUUUGACAAAAGUAACACCGCAAUUGAUCAAGACAAAAGAUGAAGAAGUUUUCAGAUUCUACUAUUUAGAUGCGUACGAAAAUCCUCUCAAAAAUCCCGGAACUGUAUAUUUCUUUGGAAAAACUUACAUCGCAAGUCAUGAUACUUAUGCCUCGUGUUGUGUUAUGGUACACUGUAUACCGAGGAGAAUAUACCUUUUACCGAGAAAAUACCUGAAGACUUCUAAAACAGAAGAACCACAACUUACUACGAUGGAGGAUGUGUAUAAAGAAUUCGAUAAGCACGCCAAUAAUCUGCAUAUAAUGGAAUUUAGUUGCAAAGAAGUGAAGAAGCAUUAUUCCUUUGAAAAAGAAGGUACACCAAAAACUUCCGAUUACUUGGAAGUCAGAUAUAGCGCGCGUUAUCCAGCGAUCGAUGCUGAUUACUCGGGACCGGCGAUCGAGCGCGUCUUCGGUACAACGGUGAACGCAUUAGAACUGUUACUUAUAGAACGAAGAAUCAAGGGACCUUGCUGGUUGGAUGUUAAGAAUAUAUCACCAACUCCAGGACGGUUUUCUUGGUGUCCGCAGAUAAUCGUUACUUCCGACAUGAACAAUGUAUCACUGUGUCCUCAAGACAACUCCAAGCCUCCAAUGGUGAUAGCGACUUUGAAUGUGAGGAUGUCCUUAAACACGAAGUUGGUGAACGAAGUUGUGAUGGUUGUUGUAUUAAUUCAUCACAAAUACAAUGUUGAUAAGGAACCACCAAAGCCGCUUUACGAUCAUCAAAUUUGUUUUAUCACACGUCCCCGAGAUACUCAAUGGCCGCGACAAAUACGAGAUGCUUUUUCGAGAGUCUCAAAUAUCGAAGUAAUAAAAUGCGAAACCGAAAGCGAGUUGCUUGAAGAGCUUUUAGCUCUAAUGCAGAAAACAGAUCCGGACUUAAUAAUAGGCUAUGACUGCGCGUUUCAAUUUGAUGUUCUGAUGCAGAGAAUGUUUACAUUAAAAGUGUCAAAUUGGACCAGAAUAGGAAGAUUAAAAUCAACGAAUCCUCCUUUGCUUAGGGGGAAGAUAAUUCUUAAUCAAGCAUUUGUUGGUCGUCCAAUUUGCGACAUACAGAUUUCGGCAAAAGAAUUAAAUUUAAAAGUAAGAAGUUACGAUUUGCAGUCACUCUGUUGUGCGGUAUUAAAAACGAAAGAACACGAGUGUAAAGAGAUAACACCAGCGGAGACUUCGUCGUUCUACAAUACAACGGACAAAGUGUUAAAUUUAAUAAAUACGACGUUAAAAGAAACAAGAUAUAUCAUGACCAUGGUUAUGGACCUGAAUGUUAUACCGCUCGCGUUUCAAAUCACCUGUUUAGCUGGUAAUAUUUUAUCGAGAACUCUGUUAGGCGGAAGAGCCGAGAGAAAUGAAUAUUUGUUGCUACAUGCUUUCCAUCUGAAAGAUUAUAUAACACCGGACAAAAAAAUUGAAAAGAAACGACGAAAUGAUGACGGUCCGCGUAGAAAAGCCGCAGCAUAUACCGGAGGUUUAGUGCUCGAACCAAAAAAAGGCUUCUACGACAAAUUAGUUCUUCUAAUGGACUUCAAUUCCUUAUAUCCGAGUAUUAUACAAGAAUAUAACUUGUGUUUUACUACUGUACUUGGUGCUGGAUAUGCUGAUUUUGAACAUUUAAGUAUUCCCGAGUCAAAUCUGGAUCCCGGUGUAAUUCCAACUGAGAUUCACAAGUUGGUCAAAAGCAGGCAGCAAGUUAAACAACUAAUGAAAACACCGAAUUUAACGCCGGAACAGAAAAUGGAUUACCAUAUCAGACAAAUGGCGUUAAAACUCACUGCCAAUUCUAUGUAUGGAUGUUUAGGAGCGACGCAUUGCAGAUUUUAUGCUAAAGGCUUGGCCGCUUUGAUAACAGCCAAGGGUCGAGAGAUUCUGGAGAAUACUAAACAUCUGGUCGAGAAAUUGCAGUACGAUGUGAUUUAUGGUGAUACAGAUUCUUUGAUGAUAAAUACUAACAUUCUUGAAUACGAUGACGUUUUCUCUAUCGGUAGAAAAAUUAUGCGAGAAGUCAACAACCGGUACAAGAAAGUCGAAUUGGAUAUCGACGGAGUGUUUCGAUAUUUAUUGCUUCUACAGAAAAAAAAAUACGCCGCCGUUACAAUGACAAAAUUGCCAAAUGGUCAGAUACAAUUGGCACAGGAACACAAGGGUCUGGAUAUCGUGAGAAGAGAUUGGUGUCCGUUGGCUUGUGACACUGGAAAAAAAGUUUUGGAUAUACUUCUUUGCAAUCAAGCAGGCAAAACUCGCAUUGAACAAAUUGAGCAAGUUCUGCAAAAUGUUACUAAAAGUGUGAAAGAAGCAACGGCGCCGUUAUCGUCAUUCGUUAUUACUAAACAAUUAUCGAAGAAUCCAGAUGCAUAUCCAGAUAAAAAGCAAUUGUCUCAUGUAAUAGUAGCGCUGAGAUUGAACAAAGCAGGCGGUCGGAUGUGGAAAGCCGGAGAUACUCUACCCUAUGUUAUAUGCGAGGAUGGAACUAACGCUAGUGCGACAGAGAGAGCUUAUCACAUAGACGAAGUGAAAAAUAAUGAGAAAUUAAAGAUCGACGUUACUUACUAUUUACUGAGUCAAAUAUUUCCUGUAGUGUUGCGAAUUUGCGAACCGAUAGAAGGCAUUGACGACGUCUUUCUAGCCAACAAUUUAGGUUUAGAAUACGUUUACAAGCCUAAGACGAUAGCUUGUGAAGCAACACUGGAUUUGCCACUGGCCAUCGUUGAUGAGAGGUUCAACAAUUGCCUUCCUUUAACAUUUAAAUGUAGAAAUGAAAAAUGUAAUACAGAAAUAGUAAUUAAAGAUACCAUAACAGAAUUUCAUUCUGGCCGGCAAUUGUCACUAAGCAUGUGUCUCAAUCCAGAUUGCAAAUUGCCACCGUGGAAAUAUGCAAACGUGAUACAAAAUGUAGCUCAACUUGCAAUGAGAAAGGCGAUUACCAAGUACUAUAAUGGUUGGUUAGAAUGCGAAAAUCCACUCUGUUCCAACAGAACAAGAAAACUGCCGUUGGAUUUUGCGAAGAAAUUUCCGGAUUGUUCAGUAUGCAAGGACGUUUUCAUGAACAGAGUUUAUUCCGGGACCGAUCUCUACAAUCAAUUAUACUACUAUUAUAAAAUAUUUGAUAUCAAUCAACCAGCUUAUAAACAUCUGCUGUCCCAAUGUUCGCGGGAUAUGAUAGCUGCAUACAAUACACUAAAAGAGACGAUUGAUAGACAAUUGAAGCGAAACAAGUUCUCGUGUGUCAAUUUUACAGGAAUAUUCGGUAACAUUAAUACCAACGAUCCUUUGGGAAGUGUCGGCUCGAAGGAAGAUUUCGACGAAUUAGGCGAUCUGUCCGAUGAUACGGAUAAAGAAGUUUAGGAAAGAGAAACACAUCUCGAGUAAUUAUUAAAUAACAUUUUAAAUAUUUCAUGUUGGUUUUUUUUUAAUAAUCCGUACAUGCAAUAUAUAAACUGCUGAUUGCAG